UAAAGCAGUAUGGUGAGGCGCGUUAUCUUUACAAGAUGACAAUCUCACACAACAACAGCGUUGAUUCACAAGCACAAAUCCAGAACGCAGUUGCAGUAAGUACAAGUCAGAAUUGUCAUCUCCCAGGAAAAGAGUAUCUUCUGGAAACAUUUAAAAGCUCUGUCCUCCAGCAGUGUCAUACAUCGGGCAGUACAUAAUGAGCAGGCAGCUGUUGAGUGGCCACAAGGUGGAGCAGGCGAGUGAAGAGGUAGUCAAGAAUAUGAAGAUAUUAUCUUUCAUUCACGGGGUGGUCCGGAUUCUGCCUGAGGGCUGGCUGUAUCCUGGGACAGCCCCCACCUUCAUCGACAGGAUAAGCAACAUGAAGUUCAGAAGCGAUGACGUGAUGGUGAUGACCUUCCCCAAGUGCGGCACCACUUGGAUGCAAGAGAUUGUGUGGACCAUGCUGCACAACCCUAACUUGGACAACCCCAAGGAAGACGAAACAAUAUUUUUACGUAGUCCAGACCUCAGUUACGACAUGAUCUUUGAUUCGAAGUCUCUGGGAGGAUCACCCAUCAAACCCAUUGCUGAGAGGUUUAAAGAAAUUCAUCCUGGCAAAGAAAUGGACAACGGGGUAAUGGCGGACAUCCUUGAGGCGUUAGGGGGUCCUCGCGUCAUAAAGAACCACUUUCCGUUCCCCCUUCUGCCUCGGGACAUCCUGGACACAAUCAAGGUGGUCUACGUGGCCAGGAACCCCAAGGACAUGACCACCUCAUUUUGGAACUUCUAUAGCUCCACCAAUGUUCACGAGUUCCGUGGCGACAUCGAUAGCUUUGCCAGGCUGAUCAUGAAUGACGGAAUGAUCUAUUGUCCGUACUGGCCACACGUGAUGGCUGCGUGGGAGAAGAGACACCAUCCCAACCUGCACUUCGUCUUCUACGAGGAUCUGAUAUCUGACAUCAUGCAUGAGCUGAGGAAGAUUAACGAAUUCUUGGGAGCGGGACUGAGCAAGGAGAAACUUGAGGCCAUAAAGCGGCACAUAUCGUUUUCCUCCAUGAAGUCUCGAGUUGGAACCUUGCCCGGCAACCCAUUUAAGAAGGAACAAGACAAAACUGUCUUUUUCAGAAAGGGCAUCGUGGGCGACUGGAAGAACAACUUCUCGCCGGAGCUGCAGGAGGAGAUGGACCAGUGGAUCAAAAAGAACCUGACGGAUACUGACCUGAACUUGAGUUGGGCCUUGGCGGAGUGACCCGCCUCCUGAAGUGGUGUCAUUUCUACCGGCAGUAUUGUUCAGCUCACCUGUAAUACCCAUGAUGUUGGUGAUGCUGAAAAUUAUACUACUAAUAAUGAUAAUAAUAAUAUCAAUAAUAUUAAAUUUCCUUUGCGCAAUUUUUAAUGUUUUCCAGUUUUACUUACGUGGUUAAUGAUACUGCUGUACAUUUUUCAAUGUGAAUAAAGAAUACUGAACUGAA